CUGUUGCACUGGAUCAGGUUGAAAAUGUUAAGGUUUGCUUCUGGAAGACGGUUGUUAUCUGGGGUUCCAGUGUGGAGAUGUAUCCAGGAGUCGACAACAAAGCACCACCUGCAGUGUCAUCCUCAGACUUCCUCUGCGUUUAGCACGUGCAGAUUCAUUUCCACCAACAGGUUGUUGGGCAUCGGGCCUGUGAGCUGGCAGGUUUCGCGUCCCUGCCACAGGGAUGCACGAGACGCCUCUGAAAGGGUCCACGGCAAAGAAGGUUUUGGCAUGAAGGCGCUCGCCCAGGCGCCUAAACCGGCCCUGUACCUCGGCUUCUCGGGGCUCAUCCCCUUUUUGUCAGCCCCUCUGCUGAUGGCCGCCACGCAAUCCUUCUACCCCGAAGUUGCAUAUGCUCAAAUGGUGUAUGGAGCCUCCAUAGUGUCCUUCCUCGGAGGGGCCCGGUGGGGGUUUGCCCUUCCUCCCGGUAGUCCUGCGUCACCGGACUGGACGAACUUGGGCAACAGCGUGGUGCCGUCGCUUCUGGCCUGGUUAGCGCUGCUCUGCAGGGACAACAUCGCAGAGGGAGCCCUUGUGGUCAUCAUGGGACUGGGUCUGUCCCUGCACUACGACCUGACUCUGCUGCCGGGCUAUCCCGGCUGGUUCAAAGCCAUGAGGACAGUGUUAACUUUGGUCGCCACCUUCUCACUGGUUGCCACGCUGGCACUGAAGAGAUUCUGCGCUGAGAGAAAGAUCAAAGACGUUCUGAAGUGA